GUAUGACGUAUGCUUAAUUUUUCUUUCUUUCUCUCCUCCUGCCCCUUGUCGGUCUUUUAUUUUUGGAGCCCAUCCUUCUGUUUUCCGGUGCAGUUCUGGCUGUAUGCGCUUGAUAUGCUGCCGCAGAUGACGGACCGCAGGCUUGCGCCUCCUGUGCCCGCACAUCCCCGCUCACUCUGACACACACGCACGCACACGAACCGACAGUGGCUGUUCUCGCUUCCUGGUCUCCGGAAUCAGAGAAGCUUUUGGAUUUAUCAGCCGGUGUUCUCUCGUUCAGGCGGCGGUGUGUGAGGAGCUGCGGAGAUAACUGGUGGUAAUAUGAGACCUGUUAGAGGGAGAUGUCAGUCCCUUCCAACUUGCACCCAAUCUAUAAUGAUGGGGAUUUAAACACGAGUCUUCACCUCUCCUCCCAGGGACAGUCCUCUGCAGCCAUUCUCUGAUCACAGGCCUGGCAUCUUUCAUCCAUUCAUCCCUCUCUCCAUUCAUUUUUGCCCUGUCAUGAAAGGCCUGUCCAGUAGUCGGAGUCACCAUCAUAUGGUCUCCUAUGAGCCGUCAUACAAUCCAUUGGGUCACCAUGUUGACCGUAAGCCAUAUUUGUUCGGCCAGAUGGAUAUGCCGUUGCCUAUUCCUAUGCCACACCCAUCUGAGUUGCCCUAUUACAAUGCUCAGCGUGUUUCAUAUCCUUCUGAAAGCAACAGCAUUGUCCCAUAUGGAACCUUCCCACGGAGGUGUCACUCCACCUCCUCAGCUCACCAUCCUGAGGUAAAGGAUGAGUGUAUGGCCAUGGUGCCAUAUGUAGGUGGAGGAGGAAGAGGAGGAGGAGGGGGAGGAGGCUAUGGGGGUAAAUCUCAGUCUUGGGUACCAGUAAAUUUUGCGGACCCGUAUGAGCAACAGCCGAUAUUUUCCAGAGAUGGCUACCACACACUGCAGUACAAACGAGGAGUGUUGUCCCACGCUGGGGGCAUAGGAGCCAAUGACAACAAUGACAGUCCUGGGCGAAUUCGCCAUCUGGUCCACUCAGUCCAGAAACUCUUUACAAAGUCACAUUCAUUGGAAGGGCCCCAACACACUCAGUCAUCAAAAGGGCCAACUAAUGGGAGUGUGUAUGGUGGUGGUGGUGGUGCAAGGGCCAGCCCAGAAGGUGCAGCUCCUCCUGGGGCAGUACGCCACCGGAAGCGCAGCAAGAGCCGUGAGCGCUGUCGAUCAGCAGAGCCCAAACAUCGAAGCUACCACCACCACCACCAUCCCCAGCUUCAUGGCUCAGCAUCUGCUCCGGGGUCUGGAUACUGGAGCUCAGAUGACAACCUGGAACGGGAGCUGUGUCUUUACCACCCUCAUCAUCACCAACCUCCACCCUCACCCUCCCUCUCUAUUUCCCCCUCACCUAUUGCUAUGACAACAGGCCAGUGCCCUGGCAACAACCCCGAUAAGUAUCCGCAGACUCCCCUCCCAAAUCUCUCCUCCUCGCAGUCCCAACACUACUUCAUCAUGGACCCCUAUGGGACAGUUAACGAGCAUGCACACACCCAUGCACGCCACGGCCACACUCACCACCACUCUGCACUCAAAGCCUCUCGGAGCAACAGCGAUGUGAAAUAUACAGCUUCAUCUGCAUGUAUGCCAGUUAGUGGUAACAGCAAUAAGAGCGAUGGCUGUAUCGGUGGAGGAAGUGGCCCCUUGCUGCCACUGGGUCUUGUGGACGGGCCUAUUGAGAAGAAAGGGGCAUGGUCAUCAAGCCUAACGGUGAGCAGGGCCCAAGAGGUCUACACCAACACCAGCAGCCACAACCAGCUACGAACCAGCGCAGGAUCCGGUAACCUAAACCUAGAUAGAGCUCUAGUCAAAUCUAAGGGCAGUCAGCAGCAGGACCCUUCUUGCCAAUUCUUACAGGUACCUCAAGAUGAGUGGAGUGGUUUUUCUCCUCUGGGGAAAGAGGAUGACAUUCCCUGUCGAAGGAUGAGGAGUGGCAGCUAUGUGAAAGCCAUGGCUGAGGAUGAUAGCGGAGACUCUGAUGGAAGUCCCAAACCUUCACCGAAGAUGCAGGCACGUCGCGCCAGCUACCUUAAAGCUACACAGCCAUCACUUACUGAGAUGACCACACUACAAAUUUCCACAGAGCACUCCCCCAAACUGCAGAUCAGGAGUCACAGUUAUUUGCGUGCUGUGAGUGAGGUUUCAAUCAACAGAAGCCUGGAUACACUGGAUCCUAAAACUCUCCUUGACCCCAAAUCACUGCUGUCUUCGCCCCAAUACCGGUCACGCAAUGAAAGCUACAUGAGAGCCAUGAGCACCAUCAGUCAGCUGAGUGAGGUUGAAGUGAAUGGGCAGAUUGAGCAAGUAUGUGAGCAAGUCUAUAGCGAGAUGCAAUCUCAAGCUAUGGAUGCAGGCAUGGAUAGCUUGGAAACUAUGGACACCCUGCCUAUGCCAGGUUGCUUCCGUAUGCGUAGCCCCAGUUAUGUGAGGGCAAUCGACCAAGGAUGUGCCUCAGAGGAUGAAGGACCAGGAGGAAGACCUCUGCUGCUACUUCCAUCCUCACCACCACGCACAACUGCCACAACUGUCAGGACCAUCCAAAGCAGCACAGUAUCGUCUUGCAUUACUACCUAUAAGAAAACCCCUCCACCAGUGCCACCACGAACCUCCACCUGCUCUACAGCGUCCAAGCCAUAUAUCUCUAUCACAGCCCAAAGCAGCACAGAGUCCGCACAGGAUGCCUAUAUGGAAGAUGAAGGGCCCAGAGGAGACAUGACAAUCCAGUCAGGGCUCAGCAACUCAACAGAGAGUAUUGACAGCAUGAAGGCCUUGACAGCUGCCAUAGAAGCUGCUAACGCUCAGGUGCAUGGACCAGCCAGUCAACAUGUCAGCAACAGCACGAUGACAGUCAGCACUGCCAGUUCCCCACAUCUCAGCAGGGGGCAAGUUGUAGAAGAACAUCGGGAUGAAUACAGAAAAGAAGCACUCAGGAAGGGGAUAUGUCUCUCCAUAGGCAUCCAGGUUGAUGGACCAGAAGAGAUUCCAGAUCCAGAAGACCCCUCCAAGUUCACAUCUGUGGGGGUGCAAGUGGAGGAUGAUCGAGGAUAUCGAAGGCUUCAGCACUCCAACAGUGUGACAGCAGCUGUACAGGCAGAUCUAGACCUGCCAGACCUCCUAGACACUCCCCUAGACUCUCCACACCCUCACAGAGGACGUCUGGCCUCCUGUGGCAUGUCUCGGAAGUAUUCCCGCGAUGCAGCCACCUCCACCGUCAGCAUUCAAGGCUCAGGGAACCAUUACCAUGCCUGCGCCUCAGAUGAUUAUGAUGAUGUUGGUUUUGACCCGUCCAUCCUCCCCCCGCCUGACCCCUGGAUAGAUACUGUUACUGAUGACUCACUUGAUGCAGACUUCAACAGCUCUGCUAUUCUGGAGGUGGUACAACGGUCGGUCUGUCAGAGAGAUGGACGCUGGUUCCUGAAGCUUCUUCAAGCUGAGACCGACCGCAUGGAGGGAUGGUGUCGGCAGAUGGAGCUCGACCAGCGGGAGAAUGAGUUGCCUGAAGACAUCCUGGAAAAGAUGAGAACUGCUGUUGGAAGUGCUCAGCUUUUGAUCUCCCAGAAGUUUCAGCAGUUCAGGGAGUUAUGUGAAGAGAACCUGAACCUCAGCAUUCAUCCUCGUCCUGUGGCCUCAGACCUGGCUGGCUUUUGGGAUAUGCUUCAGCUGUCUAUUGAGAACAUCAGCCUCAAGUUUGAUGAGCUUCACCAGCUGAGGGCCAACAACUGGAGACCGCUGGACCCUCCCGAUAGAAAGGAGAGGCGACUUCCACCUCCUGUGCCCAAAAAACCACACAAGGUUGUCCCCCACCACCACCCACCACUUGCCAGAGACCGUUCACUGGAGAGCUCAGAGAAGCAGCGGCAGGAGGCGAGAAAGAGGCUGAUGGCUGCCAAGAGAGCAGCGUCUGUUCGCCAGAACUCAGCAACAGAGAGCGCUGACAGCAUUGAGAUUUACAUUCCUGAAGCUCAGACAAGGUUAUGAAGACAUUAACAUGGACAUAUUAUGGUUGGCAAAAAGUACCCAGGUACACACACCCGACAUAAAACAAAACAUGUAUGAUUGUCCACACCAAGUUACAGUGGGACAAACUAAUGUGAAUAUUUUAGUUAUUGAUUUUUUUCUGUAAUUUUUCCAUCUUCAGUUUUGAUCUCAUCAGUUAUGCGUGUUGAAGUAGCAACAGAAGUUCUACAGGUCCGUUUUUUAACGAGCAAUUUCUCUGUUGUGUGAAUUGUAAUAAAAAGGAACUUUUUUAUAACAAUCUUUUAGAAGUUUACAAUAGGUGUAAACUUCUAUAAGUUCAUUUCCAUUUCCAAAACUUCUAUUUUAAAAUCCAAUACAGGGAUGGGGCUAAAUCAAAUCACCUGUUAUCCUUUACAUGCUGGAUUACGUUGUUGGAACACUUUCCCGUCUGACCUCACAUACCAAACUGCUGACAUAAUUGGCUGCAACCUGCUGUUAGUAAGAAGUGCACAACCUUCCUUAACCCCACUGAAAAUAAAUGACCAGCUUCUGCAGCUCAUGCUGUGAAACACCUAGUUCAACAGUUUAAUAUUGUAAUUUGGUAAUAUUUAAAUAAGAACAGUUUGACUUGUUUGGAAAAAUAAUAUUUAAGCACCCUUAAGCUGUUAUCUUAAAAGUUCUAUUCAUGUGGCCCUCUAGGAUCUAGAGGCAGGCUAGAUUUGGCCCCCAGGCCUUGAGUUUGACACAUAUGAUCUAGAAUAAUUUUUUUAAAUGGUAUUAAGUGUUUAAUAAAACAAAUUAGAAGUUUUGCAAUCAAGUAAUGUUGUAAUGUUGCUGAACUUUGACAUGAUCAGCAGCAGCAACCUCAGAUCUUAGGGCUGCCCCACAGAGUGCCUGAGGCAUGAUGGGAGCAUCACUUCUUCUGCUUCUCUUCUUACCCUGAUGCGCCCGUCACUCUGGAAAAGGGCAAAUCUGGACUCAUCAGACCACAUGAACUUCUUCCAUCGCUCUAGAGUCCAAUCUUUAUGCUCCCUUUCAGAUUAAAGGCAUUUUUUCCAGUUUGCCACUGAUCACUGAUAAGUGGUUUUCUUAUGGUUGCUGCUGUUCAUUCUCAAUCACUGGCGUUCUCUUCACAUUGUGUGGAAAUGCCAAUACUUAUCCCAGAGUUUUGCUGUUGUUUUCCUCGAUUUCAUGUCACCAAGAGUUUUGGUGAUCACCGAUUCUGAUCAUUCAGGAUUUUUUUUUUGACCACAUUUGUUCCCCACGUUCCCAACAAUUGUUGAUAAUACCUUGGACAGUUCUCAACGUAAUGGUUUCUGCAUCACUUAGAUGUUUUCUCUGCUUAGUACCAAACAAACUAACACCUUUUCCAUUAACACAAGAUAUGUUUUUUCACAUGGUUUAAGAAAUGAGAGACUAAGCAUUACAUCAGCUGAUAAUUACCCAAUCAGUAAUUGCCCAGUAGGAGGUUUGUACCUAUUUAUAGGUUCCCACUUUUUUGGAGCAUUGAUUGAGUUGCUCAGAUUGUGAUACCACAUCUGUGAGAAUAGUGGCAGGAUUGUUGAAUAUGGCAAACUGUAUUGUCUCAUAAAAAUAUUCUAAUAAAAAUGGUAGAGUAGAGUAACUAACCCACUUGAGCUGUCAACAGUCCAUUCUCACAAAAAUACAAAAUAGUUCACAAGGAUUAAUAUUAUGAGUCACUUAAUAGACAACUGGUCUAAUUUUUAAGAUGUAACACACCUCUAGUUAAAAACCUAUAAAAUGCACUCUUAAAGUUGAGUAGUAAAUAGGCAAGGAAACAACUGGCUGUGGGUGAUAAUAUUGCAGACAGCUGCACAAGGUCUCUGAUGUCAUCUAAUGCUCAGUCAGUAGAAUAGCACACUAAUCUUGGGUUUAUGGCCUAACUCACCCCCCC